CUCCAAUCCAAUCUCAGGCAACGCAGGUAAAUAGACGGAACCCUAACCAGAGGGGCGCGAAUCCAUUAUCAAAUCACCUGGAAGCUCUCCGAUCAUCGGCGCAGCGCAGCUCCAUAGUCUCUGGGCGGAGCUCAGAGGUUCAAUAACGGAAACAAGGUCUUUCCCCAAUUCAAUUAAGAGAUGCCGCCGAAGCAGGCCUCAAAAGCCGACCUGGCGAAGAAGCAGAAGAUUGUAGAAGACAAGACAUUCGGGCUGAAAAACAAGAACAAGAGCAAAAAUGUUCAGAAAUACGUUCAGAGUCUCAAGCAAUCCGUGCAGCCGAAAGUUGACCCAAGCAAACUCGCUUCUAAGAAAAAGAAAGAGGAAGAAAAGGCCAAAGAGAAGGAGUUAAGCGAAUUGUUCAAGAUUGCUGUAAGCCAGCCCAAGGUUCCUCCUGGCGUUGAUCCAAAGUCUAUUUUGUGUGAGUUCUUCAAAGUGGGGCAGUGCACAAAGGGCUUCAAAUGCAAGUUCUCCCACGAUCUCAAUAUCCAAAGGAAAGGGGAAAAAAUUGAUAUCUACAGUGAUAAGCGUGAUGAAGGUUGUUUUGCUACAGAUACGAUGGACGAUUGGGAUCAAGAGACUCUGGAGAAGGUUGUAGCAUCAAAGAACAGCGAGUAUAAUCAGAACAAACCUACUGAUAUUGUAUGCAAACAUUUCCUGGAUGCUGUAGAGAAGAAACAAUAUGGAUGGUUUUGGGUCUGUCCAAAUGGUGGUAAAGAAUGCCAUUACCGCCAUGCUCUUCCUCCAGGGUAUAUCUUAAAAUCUCAAAUGAAGGCUCUACUUGAUGAAGAGUCCGAAAAGUUGCCCAUUGAGGAGGAAAUUGAGAAUCAGCGUGCUAAAGUUGCAACUACAACCCCCAUGACCCCCGACUUGUUCAUGCAAUGGAAAAAGAAGAAGAUGGAUGAAAGGGAUGCUAGUUUGGAUGCACUUAGAGCAGAGAGGGCUAAGAAUGAUCGGAUGAGUGGGCGUGAACUAUUUCUGUCUGAUGCAAGCUUGUUUGUGGAUGAUGCUGAGGCAUAUGACAAAUACCAAAGGGAUGAAGAGCCUGAUGUUACUACUACUCAGAGCAGCCAGAAUUCUGAAACUCAGGGGCCAAGCACUUCAGCACAAGCUGAUGGAGAUGAUGAUGAUGAUGUUCUUCUUGACGAUGAUGACGAUGAUGAGCUGGACCUAGAUGAACUCAAUGAGCUGGAAGCUAGCUUGGCGAAAACAUCGAUCAAAAUCCAAGAGCCGGGUGAUGCGAAAUGAAGCGAAAAAGGGUGGUAGGCCCUGCAGUCUGCAUUGCCUCUCCGAGAUGUUUAUUUUCUCUCUACCUUUUUUUUGCCUCAGUUCUGCAUUUUGGGUUUGAGAAUGUGAAGCGGUAAGGGCCAAUUUCAUUAUUAAUAGCUAUUGCGACAGACUAGAAAGAGUUCUGAAAAGUGAGUCCAUAGGCCAAGUACCAGAAUAACAUAAUGGUGGAGAUCCACAUCAGUGUUUAAUUAUGUGCGCUCUGUCUGCUUUGAAGUGUCGUGUCCGGUGGUUUAGUAAUUGAUGAGAGUGAUGGGUGGCGUACUUUUCAUUGGAGUUUCGGUGGUUUAGUACAUUAGUGCUACUUUUUGAGGGAGGCCGAGUUGUUCCUAAAAUGCGUCAAGUGGUGUUGAGUUUAGUGGCAAUCGUAAACGUGUUUGAUGACUUUAGUUACCACAUUGUGUUUUUCAUCCCAACAAGGUCAUCGUUAUUACAGAUUGCAGUAGUGGUUGGGCGUUGGGUGAGGGUUUAUAGACUUAUUUUCUAAUGUUCUUAUCUUUUUAUAUAUUA